UGUCAUGGAUAGUUAUCAUGCCCAGUCUAGAGAGGAAAUAUUAGAUUAUGCCAGGGAUAAUUCCGGAAUGAGUAAUGAGCAAUUUAGUCUCGGAUUGUUCAGUUCCUUAGAGAAAAAAUAUUAUUGGCGGGUGUGGUUUGUUUUAAUUUACAAUCCGAUAACUGGCUCAAAUAAAAAUCGUAUGAACGUAUGUGGCGGACAUAUAUUUCUUCGACAAAACGGACGUAGCAUCGUGGUCGCGAGCAAGGACAAGAAGCAACAGGAGAUGGAUCUGAAUAACGCAAAGAGAGAAUUGCAAAAGUUUUCACUCGAAGUUAUUCGAUUGCAUAAUAAUUUCGAGUUUCUGGUGGAGGUUUACUAUAAUGGCCAGAGUAGAAUAUCCAACAUAUACAAUGCUGAAGAAUAUUUUAACAAAGCUGAUAAAACAAGUUCCUGUAGCUUUGCUGUCGUGGAGAAGGACGCUAAUGUAUUUUACAAAGCCAGUGAGAACAGAGUAGCAUACCGUGAAUUUUUUGCAUUUAAAUUGUUCAUGUUUGGUUAAACCAUGGCAUGAAUUAGGCGACGGCCAUAAACAAUUUUAGAGUACUGAAUUUAGAGAAUUUAUGACUUGAAAUUAAACAGUGUAAAGUUCUAAAGACUGGAACUUUAAUGACGAGAAUCUCAGAAUUAUUAUAAUCAAAGAUCCCUUUGAUAUGAUGUACUGUUUUAUCUUUUGGUUACUUUGUUUAUUAGUAUAUUACGUUAAUAAAUAUAUAAGCGCAAAUGCCAAAGAGAAGAGUGACUAAAACUUUAAAAAAAAAAAAAGAAAAGCAAACUGUAAGUGUAACGUGAAAAGAAACAACCAGAACACCAAGGGACAUUUCAUUCAUACUGAAGUCAUUACAAUACAUGUGAAGAAAAAUUGAAAAAAUUGAU